AUGUCUGGUUUCUCGUCCUUGCUGCAGUCCAGGCUGCUCGGACGCGACAGGACGUCCGACCCCCUCUCUAGGCUCCGUUUCGCCCUCGAGACUAUGCCGGGCUCGAGGAAGUAUGUCUUCACACCUACGACCCGUGCCGAGAUUCUGUCCGAGCUGUACGAUGCAUUCUGGGGGCCAUACGCGCAUCUCUUCCUGCCCAACUCGAACUCAAGCUUGCCUUUACACGCUAUGUUGAGUGAAGCCACCGACCAUGCAGACCACAACGUCAGCUUCUUUAUCGCUCAGCAGUCCGGUGGUUGCUGUGACUGCGGCGACGUCGAGGCCUGGCGAAUGCCCAUACACUGUCCGUACCAUCCCCCGAAACCCGAGACCACAGAGUAUCUGAGCGCGUUCGCUCUCAGGACUUUGCAGGCCACGCCUCGAGCCACUCCGAGGACCAUACUGGGCCAAGAAAUUCCUCCUGUGAGAGACUACCCGUACAGAGUGUCUGUGCCACAGGAGCUGCAUGACACAAUGAGUCGCACGGUGGCGUACGCUCUCGACUUUAUCCUAGACACCCUUGACUUCUCUCCGGACGAGACAACCCCUCCCGCAAAUGAGAACGAUCUCCGCGCUCAGUUGUCGGGCGACCCUACACAACGCGACCAGUCGCGGGAUCAAUUCAGCCUUGUGCUAUGGAAUGACGACAAGCACUCGUUCGAGGAGCUGGUACUGCUACUCUGUGAUCUAUCGAACCGAACGAGAGAGGAGGCAUCGGUCGCUGUGGACCGCAUUGACGAGCAAGGCCGCGAGGUGAUCGAGACGAACAGCAACGCGACACGCCUGCUGGAGAUGGCACAGUCCAUUUCGCAGAUCGAUCUGGGCGCGACACUGCGUAGGGCAUACGACACGUUCAGAGAGCAGGUCGUCGCGGUGAUCAUCGAAUGGCUGCUCGAUCUGACCCGGAGUCGCCUGGCUACGGACACGCUGAUCUUGCGGGAAGUCAUCGCCGCUGAGCUGCUCAACCCCCGGAGACACUACGCAUAUAUGCCCACUCACGACGUCGGCAAGGUCUUGUCCGACAUUAAUGACCCAUCACGGAUAGACUGGAUGUUUCUGUAUCAUACACGGCUAUGGAAAAAGCCGAGAUUGAACUUGAAAGAAAUCUACGCUUCUCUGCUUACACUAAGUCACGAACACAAGCUUGCAGUUGCUUCGCAUUUUGCCAGUGUAUACCAUCGCAUCAUUGAUGCCUAUCUGCUCGUCGACCGCGAAGCCGAAACGUCCAUCAAAUAUUUCGCCCUGCAGCUCUUCACCGUACCCUCUGUCGCAUUGUACAUUGUCCGCCAACAUAACAUCGUCUCACGCUUGUUGUCUAUCAUUACUGCAUUCUUCACGAACCAGAUCCAGGAAAAACGCAUCGUAUAUCCUCCCGACUCGGAUGCCAGCAUCGACGUGGACAGCUACCCGUUCAAGUCGAAACGGUUCAUGCCUGUCUUUAGUGACUUGCGGUACCUAUGCCACAACGAGUCGGUUCAACAGCUGAUCGCGCACAAUCGCGAGUAUAUCGUGCAGUUCUCGAAGACGUGUCAAAUCUUCAUGUGCGUGAACCCGAACAAGCGCGCUGCGUCGAGCCAUGUCGAGUACGAGACGGACGCGUGGAUCAGCGUGUUCAAUGUCACGCUCUCGCUCUCGCGCGUCAUCAAGGUUUACGGCGAGGCAUUUUCGCGGGCGACUGCGGCGGAGCUCGUCGCUGCGAUUACAACAGUCAUGCACCACAUACUCAUGGUGACGGCGGUGGCAGAUGAGCAGCGAGACAUCACCCGAUUCCCUCCGGUGCUGUUCCACGACGUGAAUUUUGGAGAUACACCGUACCAGGUUGUCGACUUCGACGUCAUGGAAGGUUGGGUCAGCUUCCACCACUCAUUACAAUGGCUACUCGCGGAGCUCUUCAAGCACGUCGACAUCCUUAGCGAGGAAUCGCUGCGAGAAAUUGGUCUUUCGAGCCUCCGGGAUGUUUGUCUACGCAACGCGAGUGAGCAAGCUAUCUUGACAAUUAUUGACUAUCCCUUGCGCGUGCUCGCCAUGAUUGCUCAGAUCCGGACCGGUCUUUGGGUUCGCAACGGCUUCGCGAUCCGUGGACAGCUUAUGCACUACCGCGAUUUCAUGCUACGGGAGCUCUGCUAUGAUCAAGAUCUCUUCAUCCUCCAAACAGCGCUGAUCAUCCUUGAUCCAAACACCGUCCUUGUCAGCAUGCUCGACCGCUUCCAGCUGAUCGGGUAUUUCUCCGGAGCUACUCUGCAUCCUGUCUACGAAAACACUCAUCUGCCCAGUAUGGUUGAGGAACUCCUUUACAUCAUCAUCACCGUCUUGACAGAGACUGCUAGCGCAACUAAUAUGCCCAUGCCGGCUGCCAUCAGACGCGAGAUCGUACAUGCGCUGGCAGUGGGCCCGUGCACGUUCACGGACCUGACCAAGCGAGUGGCCGAGCGAAUGGUGGAUGACGUAUGCUUCGAGCGUGUCCUGCGGGAGGUGACAACCUUCAAAUCGCCCGAGGCGACAUCCGACUCGGGACUGUACGAGCUGAAGGACGAGGCGUACGAUGAGAUCAACCCGUUCUUCUAUCACUAUACGCGCAACAAGCGCGAAGACGUGGAAACUGUCCUCCGAAACAGACACAAACGGAAGACAGGCGUCGAGGACCCAGUGAUCGUACCCAAACUAGCAGACUUCGGGAACGGCCCAUUUUCUACCAUCCCGUCGGUAUUCGAGUCCGAGGUGCUGCUGCAGAUAAUAUUUUACGGCAUCUACAACAUCCUGAUUCUCACGGAUGCGCAAGGGGUUACUCCUCCGUCCUCAGAAGCCAUUCUGGACCAGCUUGUGCAUCUCAUCAUGCUCGCGAUGGGCGCGAGGCCUCAGGUCUUCAGCAGGCUCGCCACGUAUAAAGUCUUCGAGGAAGACCAAACAUUAUUGGAUGUGCUGUGUGCAUUUGAGCAUCAUGACAAGUUCAAGGCAUACAAGGUUCGCGUGGAAUGGAUCCUGAAAGAGAUGACUCUUCACCAGCCGGAUGAAAUGCGCCAAAGGAGACGCGUCGUCGACACCUCCAUGGGUGAUUCCAUCGAUCCAGCAGAUGCGAAGAAACGUGCGGCCAAGGCGAGACAAGAGGCGAUCAUGCGGCAGAUGAAGGCGCAGCAAGCUAGUUUCGUUACCAACCUCGAGGAUCUGGAUGCUGAUGAGGACGAAGACAUCGGUGACACGCCAGAGGCACCAGUUUCUUACGGUACUUGCAUUGUUUGUCAGGAGGAGCUGAAUAACUCGAAGCCGUUUGGGUCCCUUGGAUUCCUGCAACCCAGCCGCCUACUUCGCCGUCAGCCGGAUGGUCAAGGUGCUUAUAUAACCGAAGCGCUUUCGUCCGCGGAGUCUCUAGAUCGAAGCAGCGAGCAAUCCUCAGACACUGUUUUCCCUCCCCUUGAGGCGAUGGCUAAAGAUCAGAAGGCCCGUAGCUUCCAUAACUUCGACGGUUUCUCCGCUCAGUACACCCGCUUUGGCAUCCACUCGUCCAUAUGCAGCCACAUGAUGCACCUAGAAUGUUUUACCGUCUAUAGCGGCUCCAUCAGACAACGGCAUCGUGCCCAGGCUACGAGGAACCAUCCCGACAACAUCCACCGGAAAGAAUUUAUAUGCCCUCUCUGCAAGAGUUUGGGGAACGUAGUUCUGCCGGUGGCCACCACUGCGAUGCCCACCGAACUCAACACUCUACCGUUCACCGAUUGGACACGCGCAGCUGGAAUCAGCAUUCUCAAGUCCAAGGCAGAUCCGGUCGUGGACGCGAUGCAGCUUCGUAAUGGUUCUGGAGAGUUUGUCUUCUGGGCCGCUGAGGACAAAUACGUCCCGUCCUACUUCCGCAUCCCAGAUAGACCGGCCGAUCACAUGGAGCUGCAUAAGAUGGUCGACACGGUUAUGGUGAUUGGCAAGAACAUCUCGCAACAAUCUCGCCAUCUACGUGAGCGUCCGGAGCCAGAACCAGGCGAGCGAGGCGCAGGUAUGUAUCUGCCAGAGGAGCUGGUCGGAUACACGAUCGCAUCUCUUGAGGUCGCACAGCGCGGAACGGGCUCUCCUGGUUGCACUGUCGCUGAUGGGCUCACCGAUUCCAACUUCCGCAUGAUACGGGGUCUGGUGGCCUGCUUGACUAAGCUAGUCGGGUUGAACUUGUGGACGCGACAAGACGAGGGCCGUGAUCCUAUACGACACGCAAUCAUCAAGCGCUUGCUGCCGGAAUGGAGUCGGGGCUCGUUGACAUCGUUCACGUACCCCCUUUUGCUCCGGGAUCCGUUCACCAUCCUGGUCGAGACCGCCGCUGUGGCACCUGAUAUGCUACGGCAAGUGCUGAUCCUCACGUACUACGCAUGCCUAGCUCGAACAGUGAUCGGCAUGGUAUACAUCUUGAACAAGAGUCGCAUCCCCAGCUCGACCAACGCGAUGCAGCGCAGACACGAAGACAUCUUCGGCGACGUGCACAUGUUCUUUAUGUCCGUCGUUCGCCAUUCCCCUGUUUUUGAGCAGGCAGGGGAUAUGGUCUUCUCAGCGUUCGGCGAGCCUCGGAUCGAGAAGUUACUCUACAUGUUCACCCUCCCUUUCCUUCGGAAAGCUGCUAUUCUGUGCCGGGCCAUGCUCCCCUCGGCAUUCCCAAGUCCUCCUGCCUCGAACGAUGGCUGCGAAUACAGCCGUUUGCUCGCUAUGCUGGGCGUCCCUCCUCUAUCCGAUCUUCCGAACCAAGAUACCCUGCAAACCGCUCUCUCUGUAUGGUGUCAACACUAUGGAACCUCCCAUGCAGCUUCGCAGUUGAAUUGUGGCGUCGUGCUAGACUACCCAGUGGUGUACCGCCUCGCGCGGCUCCCAUUGAUUUUGGACCACUUGUAUCUGGAUCAGGAGAAGAUUAUGACUUGUCCUCAUUGUAAGACGGUUCCGAUGGACGCAGCGAUUUGCCUUAUAUGCGGGGCGACGUGCUGUUUGCAAAGUCAUUGCUGCAUGGAUUACGAAAACGGAUUUCGCGGCGAAUGCAACAUGCACACACGAGAAUGCGCGGGUCCAAUCGGUGUUUACUUCUGCGUGAAGCGAUGUGCCUUGCUGUAUCUCUACGCGAACAACGGCACAUUCGGACAGUCCCCUUAUCUCGAUGUUCACGGCGAGGUGGAUGUUUCGAUGAGACGGGGGCGUAGGCAAUACCUGCAUCAUGCUAGAUGGGAGGAGGCACGCAAGGUAUGGCUGAAUCAUGGGGUGCCGACUUUGAUCGCAAGGCGGCUGGAGAGCACGGUCGAUAGCGGCGGUUGGGAGACGUUGUAG